AUGGAAUUGGAGGGAAUUCACGAGGACUUCACAAUUGUGAAGGAUUCUGAUGUUGAAGGAGAAGAGUGGUGGAUUCUUGGCGUGAAUGGAAGGAUGAGGUGGGGUGGGUUUCAAAGGCGUGCGUGGGAUGUACUGGGAUGCAGAGUGUUGCAUUUUUUUAAGGUGCGCGCGUUGAUGAUGCUUCCAUUGGAGGAGCCUUCUGAGCUACAAUUUUAUUGGAUGGUCGUUGCGUCAAAAUGGUAA